AUGAAUGAAGUUUUCAGGCCUUAUUUGAAGAAGUUUGUGUUAGUCUUUUUCGAUGACAUACUGAUCUAUAGCAGCAGUGAGGAAAAACACUUGAGAUACUUGAACUUAACCCUGGAACUCCUAAGGAAACACCAGCUAUUUGCAAAAAAAUACAAGUGCCAGUUUGGAUGUCAGGAAAUUGGUUAUUUAGGACAUUUGAUUUUCGGACAGGGGAUGAGAGAAGAUCCUGAGAAAUUGGAAGCUAUUGUGGAUUGGCCUAGGCCUGAGACUUUGAAGGCCGUAAGGGGGUUUCUAGGUUUGAUUGGCUAUUAUAGACGCUUUAUUAAAAACUAUGGGAGUAUAGCUGCUGCCCUUACAACUUUGUUAAAGAAAAAUAACUUCAAGUGGGAUGAUACUGCUGAAAUAGCCUUUGAGAGGCUAAAAGAGGCCUUGACUCAGCCACCUGUUUGGGCUUUACCAAACUUUUAUAAGUCAUUCUUGAUUGAGUGUGAUGCAUCAGGGAAAGGAGUGAGAGCAAUCCUAAUGCAAUAA